AUGGAUGAUUCAGAUGGCAAUUCGAGCGAAAUUCUGCUUCAAACGCUGAAAAAAUGGUUCCAACAGUUUGAAAACAGCCGGCAAAACGCAGUUUGUGUGAGUGAACGGAUAUAUCGAAAAAAUAAGUAAAAACAGUUACAGAAUACACAAUUCGAACCGCCGCCGCUGAACUCGAUGGCAGACAUUGAUUUGAAGAGUGGAUUGUUUACAAGUUCGGAAAGAAUUCAGACAAUAAAUCUUCCGACAAGAAUUGCAAAAAUGAUUGCCGACGAAGGCAGAAAGAGAUCGUACGCAACAGCGGUGGCGCCGGACGGAAACUCGGACCAACGCGGCACGUCUCCCAACUCCGCACAACCGUUGAUGAGCCUGUAUUUGAGACCGCCGAACCCGCAGCAGCACUUUCCGAUUCAGCCUUUGCCUCCAAAGAUACAAGCGAUCGAAGUCGGUUGGAAGCAACCGAAUGAACAGCAAAUCUUCACUGUUUUGAAGCGACUGAACACCGUUCUUCGGGUCAUCGCCGAUGUUUUAGGCACGACGGUGCGCGCCUGUGUCGGUACGAAACCCAGACUCUCAGCGUUUAUCCCGUUUUCUGAAUUAAAUACGGUUGCGACUCUCACAAUCGUUCUUUUUGUUGCAGAACGCCGGAGGAGCGACAGUGCGAUGUGUCUGUUCACCGGUUUCCAGGACUUUCCGUUCGCGAUAGUCGGAGGUACUGCGGUCAUAGAAGAGGAAGCUGUUGGCAAGCCACCGUGAGACUACGAUUGACACACGUCGAAUCCACAAUCGUUUCAGAUCGCCACAGAAAAUAUACGAGUCGUGGCGCCUGCAGUUCUUCAAUUCGCUCUCAACUAUUCUCCCACAGCCACUCUUCCAGAAGAUGAAGCGUCAUGUCGACGGAAUUGUUAGCAUGGUAAACUCGUCUGUGUUUUCUGCUCAUCGUCGUUUACAGGAUUGGAGUGUGCGGCUGGUGUCGAGCGACGAUUUCAGAGAAAUUAUCGGCCGAGUCAACAGAUUAAAACUGAAUCGUCAGUCGUUUUGUUACUUUUAAUUUUCAUCUAAAUUUUGCAGCACUCUACGGGAGACUCUGGAUCACCGGACCCAUUGAUUAUGACCCUCACAACCUCGAAAUUGUAGCUGCUAGGUGAGACGCGGAACUGCAAUGGCUACCGAUCACAACACCAAAAUAACCACAUUAUUUUGUGUAUACAUUGAUACAAGGGAUCAACAGCCGACUAUUGACUAUUUGUGCUUCCGAUAAUGGCCAAUUUGUUUUCAGAUCGGCCUUGAUUAAAGAGAUCGAAGCGGAAGUGAGAAUGUUCUGGACUUACGAGAGAAUCGGAAUCCAUUUAAAGAUGUUAUCAACAUUUCCUAGCUCAUGUGCCUAAAAAAAUACUAAUCUUUACUGCUACCCAAUAAAUACUGUUCCCUUUUGAUAAUAAUUCGAUAACUUUUUUAUUUUUGCCUCAUGUAAUGCGGAGAUCAUUCAUACGACACUGUUAUUUGAUUUUUCAUUCAGAAAGUAAGUACAAAUGAUAUCGUUUGCGGUCGCCGCGUCACUCGGAUGGCCUGCUUUUCUGAUUUUGUUUGCCGUCCAGGUGGCUCACGGACCGUUCCUGCCGUUGUCGCCCAAGAAGUGCGAAUAAUUUCAGAGAGAUAAUGCGCAGACCACGUGGAAGAAGUAUAUCGGACAGUUCGGGUAUUUCCACAAAAGAGAAGGGAGAGGUGAGACAGAAGUCAAAGUUCAUCAGCUGUUAGCCGUCAAAUGAUGUGUAAUUCCGGAGAGGGAUGGAGACGGAGAGCCCCAAGAGAGUAACUCAUGUGUCCUGGCCCGCGUCUGCUUGGUUUUCGAAAUAACUUCGAUCCGUUACUCUUGUUCCUCCGCCUCUCAUCCUCUCUUCUUGCCGAUCAAUUGUUACUCCCGGCUCUCUUUCUCUCUUCCGUUCCCCUUCAAAUUUAGUCCAAACAACCAAAGAGCGCUCAGAGUUUUCCCCUCGUUUCCCAUGCAUAAUUAGGCAAGCGCCGCCGUUCCCGUAAACGGAGACGGUAUGGGAAGAGAGCGUCUUAGUUUCGUUUCCGUCUCAUUCCUCGCCCACUCGUCCGUUCCCUUCAGUCCGCGAUGGUCUUGUAUUCCCCCCGUCACCUUGCUCCACGCAAAUUCUCUGGAAAUUUCCGCUUCUUUGGACCUUACCGUCGGAGAAUUAAAAAAUGGGAAGCAGAUAUCGCAAAGAACAGUUUCUUCGGCUAUCAGGUACGUAGGGGGUUCCCUUGUCCUUGUUUUUUCCGCCCGCAAUCAGUAAUCGCCGCUGAUUUACCAUCGAUGGCGCCGGAAGCCGUCGUCUCCGUCUCCACGUCUACCACAAUCUUACGUCUUUUUGUUUGAACUGUUCACGUCAGAAAGGAUCGCAAAAGCACGUUUUCCCCUCGUUUUCCCCAUCUUUUUUUCGCAUUCUAAAAAUAGAAAUGGCACGAUGAAUCGUCUUCAAAAUAUUAGAAUGGAUGACGAACUAAUAUAGACGGGACAAUGUACCUGGUGCAAACUAUGGGAAACUUCCUGAAGACCACCCGAAAUGAUGCAGUUAUGCAAACAGUAAGCAGUUUAAUGCGAUGGGCAAUUUUAUUGGUGAUCGGGUCAGCCAAACCGACACUGAUCUGUGCCACGGCGACCUUCGAAAGACCACUGGGGAAUCCGUUCCGUUCUGAAAAGAUGAAUCGACGUGUGGGAGUACCUAUGAUCGGAUUACGCUAGUGAUGUAACUGUUGAUCUGCGUGAGAAUGAAAAAGAAAUAACAUUUUUGUGCACUUCGAUUUUUAUUUUUCGGAGUGUUGCAGUGAAUCAGGAAGUGUGAGAAAGUAGAGAAGUUUUUUUUUGCAUUUGUAUGCAUAAACGUUUGCGAGAUUCUGAAAUGUUAUCUUUUCUGAGUCCGGUCUGAUGACGUCCAACAGAUAAUUCGUUCCAUUUCGUUUCACAAUGAUCUCUGCCACAAUUACCUUGAAAUCAGUUUUGUUUUCGCCGUAUCAUGCAAAUGAUAUCAUACUCAUCUUCAAAAAUCCCACUAGUAGACGUGACUCCGCUCUCUCGCACUCCUGCACGCAUUCUCGCAUGACGCAUCAACAGUCUACAGUGGGUGGUGCCGUAAGCGCUUCGAGGUGGUCGCGAGAUGGACGCAGCCUGCUGUUUUGCUUGCUCGCCUACCAUACAGUACUGCCCGACACGCCCUCAGUUGUGAAGCUCCCCGCAGUAUAAAAGAUGUUGUGUGAGCCGACGGAAUGCACGAACCUCUGCGUUUUCCAUCUGUUUUCCAGUGUUCUCUAUGACUCCUGACCUAGCCUUAUCUCCGGCAGCGCCAUCGGCCUUUGAAAAUCACGCAUAACCUGUUUCAUUCUUCCUGAAAUCAAUCAGUUUAUCUGAUACGCUCUUUCAUUAUCCAUUCGAUAGUCAAUUGGAAGCUGACCGCAUGCGCGAAACUAGAAAGCAGAAGAUGUCGCAAGACAAUGAGUUUCAGCCAGAUCAGGUAACCCUCUACUACUUCAAAUCUUAUUCUAUCUCUAGAAAAAAGUGAAACUGUGUUUAUAUCUGUUUAUCAAAUUCUUUUUUUCUGGAAACGCAAAUUGUUCAAUGUUCGCACAAUUGCACCUGAUCUCAUCUAACGUACUCCUGAGUGAUUCAUACCUCUAUUCUAGUUGCAACUGCUUCAUGCGACGACGUGCGUUCUGUGAUCUGACUGUGCGUCACAGUAACAACUUGUCCUCCCUCUCACUUCCGACAACCUAGUCAAAACCGUUAUAUAUCCUAGUAAAUGGCGGAAAAACUGGAACCGUGGCGCAUCAGUAUUCAGCCGUUUAUGUCCUCCGCGAUUUUCUGUUCCUGCCGUCGCCAGACACUCUCCUAUUUUCUGCUUCGUUCUCUCUAAUGUGUUGCGCAAACAAUCAAGUAGCGAAAUUUUGAUCUGGCAGACACUUUUUGCGACUUUAAAGAAGCGGAAGCAGUUUAAGACAAGGAAUGUGUGAUUAUCAAAAAUUAAACGAAUUCUAGUUUUCGUCAGUUGAAAAAUAGGAAAAUUCGAAGCAUGUGACGCUUCCGUCGGAUGUUGUCAAUCGAAGUGAUACGAAGAUUCUGAGGAGACAUUGUCGAUGGUCUUUCAACUUUACACUCUUCCUUUUCUUCUCCGUUUAGUCAUACAGUCGGCGGCGUGUUUCGACGUCGUUGUCCUCCCCUUCCGCCCGCCCCUUCAGUUGAUAGAGUGUUAAUCAGCGAAGAGAAUUCGUGCAUGUCGUUGACGAGAAAACGUGGCCCACGAGGAGAUUGUUCGUCUCGCAUCCGGCCAAGUUUGGACGCGUUUUGUCGUGUGUCUCCUCCUUCUCUCUGCCCUCGACCGCCACCGAGCAGUCACUUGCCGCCGGCUCCCCUCGCUCUCGACAGACAAAGAGUGUCUAUCGAAACUCGCAUUCUAUAUUGUUGUUCCUGAUAACCUCGACGAAUGUCCAAUUUUCCGAGAGGGUCUAUUGCCAGCGAUGAUUCGCAGGCACCACUUAUUCCAGAUGCUCCCAGAAAGGUACGUGCUCUUUCAUUCAUCCACAUUUCCCUUAAAUUGGCACCAAGUUUGACCUUUGCACGGCGAUUAUUUGAGUUGCACAACGUGAUGCGUAACUUGUCGCAAAUAGUUAGGUAACUUCUCCGUUCCAAAGACACAUUGUUUUCAAUAAAUUUCGCUAAAAAACAUGUUUUUUGAUCAAUGAAAUUGUCGAACUAGGCCGACUACCGUAAUAUUUCAACUGCCCGAUGAACUUGUGACGUCACAUCCGUCAUCAAUGAUUCCCAGUUUGAGUCGAGUUCUCAAAAUAGAUUCUUAGAAAGAAUGAGAAUUGGGAGAACGUAAAAGAAACGAUAUGCACAUUCUUCCGGUGCGGAAAUCUCAUUUAUUUUCGUCUUCCUCCUGGAGCUCAUUAUGGCAGUCCUUGACAGACAAUGACUGCUCUUCUUUCUGAAACGGCUUCAAUCAUGAAGGCUCCUUGGUCUGUUGGCAGUCAAGAACCACAAAUCAAAUAUUCUUUUCGUCGACAUUUCGCCUCCUUUCUUUUAUUUCAGUCUCUGCUUCGCUUCAGUUUAUCAAAUAAUUCGCGUGCGUUUCCGAGAAUUGUUGCUUCGAUUAAAUGCACUCCAGAAGAACUUUGAUCGUUUUGAGAUAAACUGAAAGAACAACUAUAAUUAGAAUAAGUGAGAUGAUAAGUGCUAGAAAUAGAAGGUAGACUGAUAGCGGAAUGAGCCUCGAAGUGCAUCUUUUCCCCAAAGACACAUUGUCGGGGACUGAACACUGCUCGUUUUGGAAAUACAACGAAUUGUACAAUGGCAGUUGUAUACAGGAAGUAAUUAAAACAAUGGGAGUGCUCUGAAUGGACGAAGAUGACGUUUUUCUGUAUGUGAACGGAAGAAAGUGCGUAUCGGAAACGGACGAACACGGUGAUAACAAUGGGGAGAAAGGAGCUGAUAAGUUGACCAUACGGGAACCGUGACAGGAAACAGAGUAAUAAAACGUUUCAAAUGAUACCGAAACGGGGAGUUUAAAAGGCCGAUGCUCAGUACAAAUCGUGAUUAUUCGGCUUCAUGAGGAUUUGAAAUGUUUCCCAUAGUAAGUUCACAACAUAUUCCGAAAAGCAACGUUAUCCUAACCUGCCACGUCAUAAUUUGUUCACAUGCCUUAACUGUUCAUAUUUCAUCAGAAGUUCACGUGAUUACCGUAAUUUGCAAAACAUCUGCCGAGAAACGUAAGGACACCUAUCCAACGUUUAUAUUUUUUCUACCAAUUUGUCCUAGUACUGCCAUAAUCGAGUAACGAUUUCUGCCAAUCGCCUGUUUUUUAAAAGUCAUUCCGAAACACAUUCAUGAUUUAUUGCGCAGUCGUAGUCAACUGUCGGCGGUCGGACGUGCAUCUCGCCACCCACAUUCUCCAUCUUCUGAAUGUCGAUGUCCACUUUGAAGCAAAAAUCUCUCUAUUCCGGCUUCUCUGGGGUCAUAAAAUUGACGAGACAAGCGAGAAGAGCUUCGCAGUGUUUCUCGUCUCUUUUCAAGUAUCCAGAAGUUUGCUCUUCUCCACAACUGUACAUUGCGUGGACGUGGAAUCAUCAUUUCGAUUUCAGUCCAGUUCGAAUCAGACAAUCUCGUCGAAAUGUUCUCAAAUAGUUAUUUUUCGGUCGCAGUUCGAUCUCGUGGCAGUAAAAAACCGUACAUCGCACCCAUCUCGACCGCGACGAUUGAAACAAAAAACACUUUCCCCUCGAUCUGGUAUCUUUUGGAAGAUUUCUUCACUUCUGAUCAUAGAUGUUGACAACGUUCUAUCUUCUUGUCCAACACACAUCCUUGUGGAUCAUUCUAAAAACAAACUGUUUUCGUACAGUUUCCAAAGAAAGUUGUUUUGUGCCCAUAAUCCAUCCCAUUUCCGUCCCAAAAAGCAACACAUCGUUCCGUUGGUGGUCAACAAGAAGUAGCCGCUCCCGAUGCAAUAUUUGUCCUCACUCGCGGUUUCUCGCGCCCCACUCUGACCCGUCUGUGACUGACGCACCGGUCAGUCAUCUCACACCAUCCCCUCAGUACCUGAUCUAUUCCAUCGUCGCCAAACCUAUAAAUCUAUCCGUGGUGCCCGAUUUCGAGGACAGCCCCCUCGCCGACGCUGACAGUGAUUGCUGUCUAUAAAAGUUGGGAAUUGGUCACAAUUUUUUAGAAAUCUCAGAUUCGGUAUGUUUUUCUGUUGUCGCUUCGGCGAAACUAUUUUUUUUCGGGUUUGCAGACCUUGUGUCUCAACUGUAGGUUUGGCCAACGAUGUAUAGGUAGGACAGUAAGAAAAUGGACGCUGAUGUGGUGCAUUCGGAAUGCGGUAGAACUUGUUUGUGAUCCGCGUUUUUGCAGGUGUUUUGCCUGAUAAAAGACUGCCAGAAUCUUAUCUCAGCUGCUGUUUCACUGUUUCCACAAAUAUACUCACAGCUGAUAGAAGCUGCCUGAAAACAAACAGCAUAGUCCUCUUCCACUCAUUUCUCACCCAAAAGCAUUUGAUUUCCAAUCGGCUUUUACUCGGUCGCCCGGUACCCAUAAAACAGUAAGCGUCUUCUCGUUUUUUCUUCUCUCUCUCUAUCUCAACUGGUCAGUCGGUCGGGGGGUUUCGCUUAUCAUCGUACACUGACUGGCCACCGUCGUCGUCUCCGCCCUACGUCUCCAGCUGUAUUGUUGUUUUUUCGGGCUUUGUUGUCUCACUCUCGACGACAAAAACUGAAAGUUUAAAAAUGAUAUAGAGACUAUUUAAAGUCGAGAUGACCUCCCCACUUUAUGUACUUCGUCCCCCCAAUGCAAAGAUUACUUAUUUUCAGGUCAUGCCAUCGCUCUCCAUCCACAUUCUCUCGAUAGCACUAUGUCUUUCAUCGGGAUUCCAGCAAGGAUACAUCGCGUCGGUGCUCAAUCAGCCGUACGCACAAAUUGAGCAGUUCAUCAACUCUUCCUGGAUAGAACGGACAGGCCAUCCGAUCUCGGAUUCCACUUUGGUGAGCCCGCCAGUACAAUUUCUUAUCAACUCCUUAUCAGCUUCUUGCCAUCACCACUACUAUAGUGCACUUCUUCAUCGUCUAUUUUCGCUUCCUAUCAGUCCCCCAAAAUAACCUAGUCUACCCACCCGGUUUCUUUGUUCAAUUCUGACGUGGCAUUUCAAUACAAAGAACCUUUUCUUUUUUUGAAUACCGGUUCUCGUCAAUCAGCUAUUGAAACGGAACGCAGAAAUUUGGUGUUUCAAAAGCGACAACUGAAACUGAAGCCGUCUAAAUUGCAGCACUUGCUCUGGUCCCUUCUCAAUGUGUGCUUCCCAAUCGCCACCAUCUUCGGCCAGUUCCUCGCCGGCUGGAUGUGCAGUCAGUUCGGAAGGAAGCACACCGCCCUCAUCGCCUCUUUCCUCUACGUGAGUGUCUUCAACUGGUUCCUUUCUCGGAAUUUUCUGUAGCCUACAAACCUCCUCUCCUAAAUAUCACCCAUUUCUCUUCAGAUUCCCGGAGCGAUUCUGUGUGCAGCCGCCAAAUGGUGCUUCCCGGCCUUCGAGCUUUUGUUCGUAGGUCGUGUCAUCUGGUCACUGGCGAACGGAGUAAACACUGUCAACGCGACCGUCUGGAUCGUCGAAUGCGCGCCCCCACAGAUCAGAGGAAGGAUGGCCGCCAUGCAAGAGUUCUUCAUGGCCCUCGGAUCGCUGCUCACGCAAGCGGUCGGCGUUCCCUUCUCCACGGACGAGCUCUGGCCCUACAACUUCCUUCCGAACUGUGCCGUCGUCAUUGUUUCGAUGGUCAUGUUCUCGUGGGUCGCCGAAUCGCCGCAGUUCAUCAUGGAGAAGUACAACGACGUGGAUCGUGCCAGGAGGGCUCUUGCCCAAUACCACGGAGUGUCGGAAGACGAUCCUUCCGUCGAGUCGGAGAUCAGAAUCUGUGAACAAAGUAUCGGAAAGAACAAGGAGAAGAAGUCGAACAAUGCGGUGAGUGGAUCGUAAAGCAAAGGACUUGCUGAUCAAACCUUUAUGUUUCAGGGAAUCGAAUGCAAUCACAGCGGAAUGGAAAUCAUGUUCAUGCCGUGGCGCGCCAAGGAUCAAACCUCCAGACUCAUUCGCUACUGCGCCUGGGUCGGAGUCAUGGUCAAGAUCGCCUACGUGUUCACCGGAGCCCGUUCUCUCCGCGGCUACAGCACUUUCAUUCUCUACACUCUCUCUCACUUCACCUACUCGCAAGCCACGUGGCUUUCGUUCGCCACUGGACUCGUCCGUCUGCCGUUCACUCUGGUCCCCGUCUUCCUGGUGGACCGUCUCGGCCGUCGUCCGCUGAUCAUCGUCUCUAUGCUCGUCUCGUUCCUCUCCAUCCUUCUCAUGAUCAUCGCCAUCGACAUCAACGGAGAGUGGAAGGUAAGAGAGAAAACAUCAAUCAAGACGAACAAUCAUCCAUUACAGUACGCCACAUUCAUCGGACUCACCGUCCUUCUUCUCGUGAAUACCUGCGGAAUCGGUUCCGUGUCGAGAUUCUACGCAGCUGAACUGGUGCCCCGAAACCUGCUGCUUUCUUCAGUGUCCACGCUGACAAUGUUUGAAGCGCUCACGAAGAUUGGAGUGGAAUUCGCCUUCUACCCGACUGCCAAUGUGGUAAGCACUUAUUUCUAAAGUUCCCGUUCUCAUUGAAUACUUCCAGAUCGGCGCCCAAUCGCUCUUCCUCUUUCUCAUUCCCACCGGACUCUUCACUAUCAUGUGCUACUUCAUGUGCCCGGAGACUAGCCGAAUGACGGUGAACGAAGUGCUGAACAACGUGGCAGCCAAGAAGAAGAUGGACGUCGUCUUCCCCAUGUGAUUCUUGCCCUCUUUUCCCCUCACUCGCAACUGGCUUUAUCCUCCUUUUUCUCUUACUAAUUUAUGCUAGAUCCUCCCUUCUCUGUCCCGACUUCUCACCUGAUCAUGACCUUUUCUCGCCGUUCACCCCGCCUUCUUCAGUAAUGUCUCCUUCAGAAGAAGAAGAAGGUUCCUUUACUUGCAAUAACUCUCCUCAUCUUCUCAUCUCGAUGCGAUGACCCAUUUUGUCCAUUUCAUUGGUUGCCUUACGAGUUCCCCCAGUUCUGCUCGGUUCUGCUGGUUGUUGUGACUUCUCACCACUUCUAACUAUCAAAUAGUUGCUCCUUUUCUUCUUGUUAUAUGUCGAAUAUGUGCGGGUUUGACACGCGUUUUCAAAGCCAAGUUUUAUUGUUGUUGUCGCAUAUUUUCCCUUUCCUCCCCCCAGUUUCCAUUUCAUGUAACCUUGAUAUAUAUUUGAGAGACUUUUAGAUUCAUAAUAAAGUCUGAAGAGUUUAUCUACAUCGCGAAAAUUGAUAAGGUAUUUUUGUGGUGGAGAAGGUUUUUAAAAUCCAGCACAUCCCGGUUUCCAUCAGAAUAAUCCGCUCAACUCGCCCCCUCACCGUGUGCAGAAUACACCGAUUUCACAGGAGAAAAGAGCUGACAAUGAGCCGGUCUAUAAAAGGAAACGAGCCGACGUGCCUCCCUUAUCGCCGCUAACCAUGUGCUCGCACGCCCUUUCCCUCCUGCUCCUCUCCUCGAUCGUCGUGCUCAGCGGAGCCGGCUCCACGUGCGAUCUGAGCCUCCAGCCGGCCACUUGGGCCCGCGUUCUCGCCAAAAUGCGUUUUUCAACGCCUGGGAACCGAAUGAUUACUUCAAUUUGGCCGGAUUCUGCGUCAAUGUGAGUUGACCAAAGACCGAAAAGUUUCGGUGUGAUCGCGACCAUCGUAACAAAUGCAAUUGCAACUGAUAACCAAAGUAUCCCUCAGAACGACUUCAUGAUUCACUCUCUCAACUAUUCGUCGCAUGUCAACCUUUCUGAUUCGUCGGCCGCAGUCCAGCAAGACAUCGUCCUGUCCGCCAGUUUCACGAGUGCGUCCGCCCACGCACCCAUUCUGCAAUGUAUCUUUCGUUCGUUCAGACUCAUCAGUGAUCAACUGCGGACAGUCCAUCUCAAAUGUGCAGUGGUGCCAGUCGCAUUGCGCCGACAAACAGCUCGAACAACUCGUAGUCAGCACUGCCGUUAUCAAUGGAAGUCUCCCGUUGGCGACGGCUCAGCAGGUGCGAUGACAUCAUCUGAAUGUUUUCCGAGCAGGUUUCCUUUCAGGUCUAUCAGACCCUCGGAUCCCCAGCUGACACUGCCAUCGCUGCGAUCCAAGUGGAUUUGUACCAGCAGGAUCUUCGCAUCGACUACGACUACUACGACGAUACGAACUUCUGCUCGGUGCUCGUGAAAGUGAAGAAUCCGAGCAUGUUCCCGUACGCUUUGUUCGUGACUGUUCAGAAGAUUCUGUUGGCGUGA